GCAGGCUAUCGCGCAGGAGUCGACUUUACCAGCCGUAUCGUUCGCGAACGACACACCACGAUCACCUAGUCUGGGUGUGUCCCGCCAAGGGAGCAGGUAGUGCUGCAUUUUGGGCUGAGCUCGGAGGACGAUGUCGCUGGUUGCCUUUCUGCUCUGCUUCUUGGGAUGUUGCGCGGCGCAGGACAUUUUGCCGCCAGGCCCAGUGGACGCCAUCGUGGGUAGGAACGUGACGCUAGGAACCCUGCUGGACCGGCCCGCGUACUCCUUAAUCAUCUGGAACUUCAACAACGGGCGCGAGCAGUUUAACGUCGCCACCUUGAGCCGUUCCGCUCUCAACGUGAACCAACACUACCAAGGCCGCGCGGAGGUGGACAAGCAAAACGGCUCCCUGCACCUGAGCGCGAUCACGACGGCCGACAGCGGGGACUACAGCGUCACCAUCCUGACCGAGGAUCUCCAGACGCAGACAGACGACAUCGAGCUGCGCGUCCUCGAGCGUGUGUCCAGCGUGGUCAUCAGCUCCAACCUCCAGGAGGCGGUGGAGCACAACAGCACGUUGGUCCUGACCUGCGCCGCCAAAGGCUCCUUCCUCAAGUUCUCCUGGCUCAACAAGACCGCGCGCAUCGCGGCCGACGGCAAGCGCCUGCUGAUCAAAGACAGUGACGCGUCCAGCCAGCUGACCAUCAAUGACGUUCUCCGCACCGACCUGGUGGGCCCCAUCUACUGCGUGGCUGCUAACAAGCUGGAGACGGAGAAGAGCGCCCCCUUUGACCUCAUUGUCCACUACGGCCCAGACGAGAUCACCCUCUUGCCGAAAGACGUGCCACAGUUCGUACGAGCCGGCUCCGACUUUAACCUGACGUGUGCGACGCGGUCCAGCCCUCCCGCCACCUUCACGUGGUACCAGAACCAGACCGCGAUGGAGUUCGGGGAGCCCGUCAUGCCGCUAAAGAUCGUGCAGAAGCACCCGCAGUGGCAGCGCAUGUCCACGUACACGUGCAGAGCCACCAACGCCAAGACGCGGCGCCAGGUCACCUCCCGCGCCGUUUCCUUCGCCGUGAUGGAGCCCCUGUCGGGCGUGAAGAUGAGCGGUCCGAGUGCCGUGCUCAUGGCGGGAAACGGCACAGCCAACCUGAGUUGCCAGGUGACGAAGGGCGCAGUGACGAGUGGGACGUGGCAGAAGGACGGGAAGCCGCUGGUGGCUGGCGGGCGUGUGACGCUGGCGGCCGACGGCAGCUGGGUGAGCAUCUCGCCGCUGCAGAAGGAGGACAACGGCGAGUACGAGUGUCGGCUCGCCAACGCAGUCAGCGUCCAGACGGCUUCGUACAAGAUGGUGGUCAACUUCGGGCCCGAGGCGGUGAUGGUGAGCGGUGAGAAUGCGGUGGAGGUGCGAGAUGCCGUGAAGCUUGUGUGCUCGGCUUCCUCCGUCCCCGCCCCCAGCUUCACGUGGAAGUUCAACGGCACGCUGACCGACGUCAAAGCGGCCACGUACGUCAUCGGCGAGGCCGUGUACAAGAACACGGGAGCGUACAUGUGCCAGGCGUACAACGCCGUCACAGGAAAGACCGCCACGUACACGCACAACCUGUCCGUCAAAGAGGAGGGCGCGCUGGACGAAGGCCUGUCGGACGGCGCCAUCGCCGGAAUCGUCAUCGGCAUCCUGGCCGCUUUGGGCGUGGCCAUCGCCGUCAUCAUGUACUGCAGACAGAAAGUUCCGGUGGAGUCGCCAUACUAGUGAGCUCGAUGGUGCGGGAGGUACCGGGCCAAACAACCCAAAUCCCCCCCCCCCCCCCCACGCCACCCCGCCAACGCCAUUCCCAUCCCCCCACCCGGGAUCCAGCUGGUUUCCUAGGAAAACAUCAGACUCGACUGAACCGCGGAUCUCGAACUCAGCUUCACGGCUGAACUCUUCUUGGCUGUCAAUCAUCUUGAUCUUUGUCUGUGCCUUCAUCACCUGACCGCUCGUAGGCCCCGCCCACCACUCCCCCUGAGGGAAACUGCAAACAUGUCAAGACGCCGGGAAGGAAGUCCAAUCCACUGUCGCCAUGAUGGAAACCCAAGGACACACAAUCACACACACACACACACACACACACACUCAGUGAUACCGUGGUGGGCGGAGUCUAAGCAGAAUGAAUUUGAAAUAUUUGUAUGCUCUUGUCGUUAAAGAGGUUAUCGUUAGUGAAUGAUAACAAUAAAAGUUCUAUCAAGGUCGUCGCCACAACGAGCUCACCUCUUUCCUGUCCUCCCACUUGGCGCCUGCGGGGGCAGCAGUGAGCGAGAUGAGACGUUGCUAAGGUGACCCGCAGCCGGUGUUUGUUUUGAAAGGGGAGUGGGGGGCGGGGGGUGAGGGGUGGGGUUCGUGCUCAGUGGGGAUGUUUCAGGACAAGACCGGACUCGCUGUGGGCGGCGACAUGCUUUGACUUUCGGAGGGAGAAAACCUGGCAACAUAUUUGACGUUUUACUUUUAUGAAGAUGUGAUUUGCUUCGUCAGCAGGCUUCAAAUUGUGCGUGCGUGCGCGUGUGCGUGUGUUAUAUCAGACCUGUACGUGCACUGAUCUCCAGUGGGAAAGUAUUUAUUGUUUACAAACUGGAGCUGAAGAUCGUGUUUACUGUCUUUGCGUAAUAAAGAGGUCACGUGAUUUGGAAACGCGCGCUCAUCAAAACCGGGAAAUGACUCCAUCGGGAUGUUCCUCGUGCACACCUUGCUACUUUGUGAUGACUUCCUGUUGCAACAUUGGGAUUAAUAAAAGUCGAAA